AUGAUAAGUUCUCAAACAUCAUCAUCAUCAUCAUCAUCAUCAUCAUCAUCAUCAUCAUCAUCAUCAUCAUCAUCAUCAUCAUCAUCAUCAUCAUCAUCAUCAUCAUCAUCAUCAUCAUCAUCAUCAUCAUCAUCAUCAUCAUCAUCAUCAUCAUCAUCAUCAUCAUCAUCAUCAUCAUCAUCAUCAUCAUCAUCAUCAUCAUCAUCAUCAUCAUCAUCAUCAUCAUCAUCAUCAUCAUCAUCAUCAUCAUCAUCAUCAUCAUCAUCAUCAUCAUCAUCAUCAUCAUCAUCAUCAUCAUCAUCAUCAUCAUCAUCAUCAUCAUCAUCAUCAUCAUCAUCAUCAUCAUCAUCAUCAUCAUCAUCAUCAUCAUCAUCAUCAUCAUCAUCAUCAUCAUCAUCAUCAUCAUCAUCAUCAUCAUCAUCAUCAUCAUCAUCAUCAUCAUCAUCAUCAUCAUCAUCAUCAUCAUCAUCAUCAUCAUCAUCAUCAUCAUCAUCAUCAUCAUCAUCAUCAUCAUCAUCAUCAUCAUCAUCAUCAUCAUCAUCAUCAUCAUCAUCAUCAUCAUCAUCAUCAUCAUCAUCAUCAUCAUCAUCAUCAUCAUCAUCAUCAUCAUCAUCAUCAUCAUCAUCACAUCAUCAUCGUAUUACGGUACAUUGUGAUCUGAAUUUAAAAUUAAACGAUACACUGACUAUUCAUUGUCAUUAUGAAAGACAUUAG